AGUAGCUCCAAGUGCAUUUUCCAGUUAAAGUGGUCUCUGGCAGUCCACUGGAUCGCUACACUCACGCGUUUCUGAAGUCCUCGGAUACCGGUUGUGCCUUGCUGAGUCUCUUCAGCUGAGAUCCACCGUGUCUCUCUGCAGGAUUAAGCAACAAUGGCAUUUGUGAAGAGCGGAUGGCUGCUCCGGCAAAGUACCAUUUUACGUCGCUGGAAGAAGAACUGGUUUGAUCUGUGGUCUGACGGCCGUUUGAUAUUCUACGAUGAUCAAAAUCGCCAUGAUCUAGAAGAUAAGAUCCACAUGCGAAUCCACUGCAUCAACCUCAGAGUGGGGAAUGAAUGUCGAGAUUUCCAGCCUCCAGAGGGGAAGCAGAGAGACUGUUUACUGCAGAUUGUUUGCCGUGAUGGGAAGACAGUCAACCUCUGUGCAGAGAGUGCAGAUGACUGCCUGGCAUGGAAAAUUGCUCUCCAGGAUGCCAGAACAAACACUGGCUACGUGGGAUCUGAUGUGAUGUAUGAUGAGACAGCCAUUUCCUCGGCCCCUCCUCCCUACACAGCUUAUGCCACACCAUCACCUGAGGUUUAUGGCUAUGGCUACGAUCAGUACAACGGUGCAUAUCCCCCCGUGGGGCCUCAGCUCUUCUACACCUCCAAUGGACAAGCCUAUGCUGUUCCCUAUCAGUAUCCAUACCAAGGACCUUAUGGCCAACCUCCUGCAAACCAUGUCAUCAUUCGAGAGCGUUACCGUGACAGCGAUGGAGAUCUUGCUCUGGGAAUGCUUGCUGGAGCAGCAACUGGAAUGGCCCUGGGAUCAUUGUUCUGGGUCUUCUAGCUUACCCCUUCCUUAUCUCUGUAGUUCCAAAAACCUUUAUUGUGUGCAAUAAUAUAUUGGCGAUGUUGUUUACUGUUAAACUUUAAGAAAUGCAAUAGUUAUUUUUCAGUAGUGACAUCUUAAUAACUGAUUCUUAACUGUCUUAAUGAGAGUUUAAAGGCACCGUUCAGUUAAGUGAUUGGAGAUGGCAUGUGCUGCUCUUGAAUUCUGAUAUUUGGAGUUAUAAGGAUCAAUAUGAGCACCAAUGUCACAUGGUAGCAGUCAACAGUCACCUGCUUUAUGAACAGACUGUUAUUGUAAGCACCACAGAAAAAAAUGGAUUUUUUGGGUGGUCUGAGAUCUGGUCCAAACAAGAGGUUUACAGGAGCCCUGCAUUAGUAUAUACAUACUACUGGCUUCUAAACAUUCCCUGGACAAACAUACAGCUCAGCAGAAACUCCUUGGCGUUAGGUAGUCUGCCUGUGCUUGAGGAUAUUUUUGUUUUCAGACUUGCCUGCAGAUGGUAGUGUGUUUUCUUAGGUGGAGUCCUGUACCUGCCUCUCACACCAUCUAGGUGAGGUUGUCUUUGAGAACACAUAAGCAAACCACUAAGAGGUGGCAGCACUCCUCAGUUCUUUUAUUCUCCCAAAAAUGUGAAUGACCAGUGGCAAGGAAGACCAAUGUUUGUUAUUCCACUUCCCUCUUUAUCCUGAACCACUCUUCUCUGGUCAGAUGGAAGCAGCAGAUCUUUACUUUGCACGUGGUCUUCCUUGUCUGUAGAGCGGUCGCCGCAGACACCGCCCCAGCUGCAUUGCUGAGGAAGAGGCCGUUGUGCAGUGUCUGCUCCUCACUGCUGUCCCUCUGCACAGUCCUGCAGGGGGCAACUACUGUGUGAGGGAACCAGGCAGUACAGGGGAACAAGCCAGCCAGUUCCUUGCAGGUUUCCAGGCAACAAGUCAGGAAGGGAGAGGAGACCUGCUGAAUGUGAGGGGAAGUGUGCAGCAGAAGCAAGAUGCCAGGGCUCGGAGGGGCUGUGCUGCAAAACUAGUUGCAAACAAGGGCUUCCUUGUUUGCAACUAGUUUUGAGCACAGCUGAGCCUGGAUUUGUUCUGUGCACACUUCCCCCUCACAUUCAGCAGGUCUCCUCUCCCCUUCAUGACUUGUUGUGGAAAACACUCCAAGGAACCUGGCUGGCUUUGUUUGUAUGCCUGGUUCCCUCACACAGUGUGCCCCUGCAGGCUGCUGUGCUAUGACUGUCAGCUGGAGUGCAGCUGGUUUGUGUGUUAUGUGGCCUGUUACCCAUCCUGUUAUAAUCCAUGCUGAGCUAUGCUUGGCAGGGGAAAGAAAGUUCUGAAGAAAUGCACUUGCUUUCUUAUUCAGGUGAAAGAGGCAGGGUGCCUAAGUUGAGUUCUUAGAGUAAGAGGACUUAUUUUUAUACUUGCACUUUUAGCUUUCUGUAUUUGUAUUGUUUUAAUGUUAAGUCUUUCUUAUGCUUUCAUUCAGAAAUAGGUUAAUUUCCUUAUGAUUCAAGGGGGUUUCAGGUAUGUCAGGAAAGAUGAAAAUAGAUGAGAACUUGCACCCAUAUAAAUUUAGAUCAAGUCCCAACCUUUUCCAUUUCAUCCUAAAGCUCUCUGGGCUCCAUCCUACCUGUUGAAGCAACAGAGGGUUGGACAAGGGUUUGGGUAGCAGCCAGGGGAAGCACUAAGGUUUCGUGACUCUUAGGACCAACUAAACCACUUGGAAUCAUUGGAAGUAAACAGACAGAUGUAGUCUUGGCUGCAUUAUUAAGAGUGGGCCUAAUGCAGGGAAUGUAAACUGCUUUCAGGAGACUUUGGCUGGAGCUGUACACCAAUGUGCAUGCAUGUCCUUUCACAGUUUAACACAGCUGCACAUGUUCUGCCAGUGGGGUGUACUGAAAGGACUUGUUGGAGGUGCAAAAGAGGACUAAAGUGGAAGUUUCUUAUUGCCAGUCUAAACCAAAAGAAAUUGGGGUACAGUACUGAAGGUCUCUUAGAGGCCUGGUACCCUUGAGGUCAGAAAGGGAUGGUGACUGGAAUGUACGUGAACAAACAUCUACCUUUUCUAAUCCUUGAGAUAACCUUGAAGUUGAUUACAAGUCUAUGCUGCUGUUUCGUUUGCGCUUUGCAGUAUAACAAGUUUUGCAGAAUAUCUUUACCUCUUCUCCCUCUGUGGUUCUUAACUUGUGAGGAGUGGGGGAGAAUAAAACAAUUGAACAUCAUGUGAUUUUUUUAAAUUUUGUGAUGAUUGGGAAGGGGUCACACAAAGUGAAUCAUCUGGGGGGUUUUGGUGUUUUUUUUCCUCUAGAGCUGAUGAUCACAGCAGGGGAACAUGUCUCUUGUGCUUUCAGGAGAUAACUCUGUCCAGGUCCCCAGUUUCUUCAACUGAAGUAUAUAAAAUAAAGACUGUUGAUUGCAAAACAUUCCUGGAUUGAAUUCAAAGCAAGAAAUUAUCUUUUUUAAAGUUCAAAUUGAAGUAAUUUUCCAUUAAAAAAAUAACCUUAUCCCUUCUAAAUGGAAAAACACAUUACAAAUUGAAGCCAAAGUAUCUAGUUCCAGCUUGGAAACAAAAGGCUGCUUUUAUACAAAAGUCAUGAGCUACUUUUCCAUCUUGGUAGCAUAGGCAUUUAGAAGCCAGAAAGCAAAUGUACAAAACUGUGCUAGAGCAUAAAUUCAAGAUCACAGUUAUCUAAAUGCAGGUGCUUGCAGCCUUUCUGAUCUCCCUGCAGAAACACAAGUGGCAAUGUCCUGAUGCACACAGCCACAGCAUAGGGCUUGCCACCUGGGCACUGCUUGUUGAAGCUCAGACUUGCUUCCUGAAGACAUGGCUGUGUCUCCUGUUGCUCAGGAACAGAGUGGAGGUUUGGUCAGAUCUGGAGUAAGGUCUGGCUGGAUACACAGUCGUGACUCCGUAGCCUGUCUCUGCCCAGCCCAGUACUUCAUGUAUCUGCAGCUGGUGUGAGCUGAAGGAGCAGGGCCAGAGGGGAUUCGGGGUUUGAAGGCACUGCCAUGCAAGGUUCUGCAGACAGGUGGUACCAUAGUGAUGGGAAGAGGCAGCAGGCAUGGCAAGAUCAUUUUCAAAGCAGAUUGAAAUGAAAUUGUUUGUUUCUGAAUGGUGCUAUUCAUGACUCUGUAAUUCCAGUUAUAUCUGCAUAGUAUCCAAGCACAAGCUUUCCUACCUGGUGCCCAGUACUUGACCCCCCGAAAGCUGUGGGAGGUCCACAGGUACUACAGUACCACUGCUUUUGUGCAGUGUGCACUAUGGGGUAAGGAUAAAUCUCUUGUAUAGCAGUGACAGUCCGUUCAGGGUUCUGUGUCAGUGCUUACAGAGGUCACAAGUCAUCUGUAACUAGUUACUUUUGGGCUUUCAGUUAUGGACAGCUGGACAAAGCCAGGCUUCCCAGGAGGGGCGUAGGAAGGCUCAGUCUUCUGAUAAGUCUGACCACACUAAAGAAGUGAACCAGAGCCCCCUCCCAAAUUCUGAGUUACAUGUGAAAACAUAGCUAUUGGCUUCUUUUGCAUGAACCUGGGGGGCUAGAGAGCUAGCCUCUUCUAGUGAGUGGGUAAAGGCUUAUGAACUAGAGAGGAGGGAGUGGGAAGCAUUUCUGUGGAGAGCAACUGCACUGACUUCCAGCAAAGACACAUCUUUCCCAGGCCGAAGCACAUUCCAAACUGUGUCUAGAUGGAACUACCCUGAAUGUCAUCCAACACUGGCUUUGUUUUGUUUGUUCUUCAGUGAAGAUUCAGUAGGUGAUAGAACCAACUAAGCGAGUUGAGAAGAGGAGAAAAUUCACACCCGUGUUCCUCAGAUGUGUUUGUGGCUUUUUCUCCUCAACAUGAGACUAAGAUACGUGUUAGUCACGGAGGGCAGCAUGCAGAUGUUUUCCCCAGAUUCUUUACGUUCUUGUGCACUCUCUAUCUACUGCUGCUUUUACUAUAUGUCCUCAUUCUCAUUAUUAAUUUAUAGCAAAAUAACCUUAGAAAUAAAAUUCAUAUUUAAGUGUAA